UUAUAACACCAAAUUGUCUGUAGGAUUACUUCAUUAGUUUCUUCUAAAAUUAACAAGAAUGGAGAACGCAAAGAAACCCUCCUGUAAAGCUCACUGUUUGAUCUUAUCGUAUCCAGCCCAAGGCCACAUAAACCCUCUUCUCCAAUUUUCUAAACGCUUAGAGCAAAGAGGAAUUAAGUUCACACUAGUCACUACUCGUUUCAUCGUCAAAACCCUUCAUACAGCUUCCUCCUCCACCUCCAUUGCGCUCGAGACGAUCUCCGACGGCUAUGAUGACGGCGGUAUUAAUCAAGCAGAAAGCAUUUCUGCCUACUUGGAGCGUUUUUGGGAGGUCGGUCCACAGACCCUUUCUGAGCUUGUCGAGAAGAUGAACGGCUUAGAUUCAAUUUGUCCAAUCGAUUGCAUUGUAUAUGAUUCAUUUUUGCCUUGGGCUCUUCAUGUUGCAAAGAAAUUUGGCUUGUUUGCAGCUUCCUUUCUCACUCAAUCUUGUGCCGUCGAUAGUAUAUACUACCAUGUGCAAAGGGGUUUGCUCAAAUUGCCACUUAACGACCAUGAAAUUUUACUGCCUGGAUUGCCUCCACUUAAGCCUCAUGAUACGCCUUCUUUUGUUUACGAUAUGGAGUCCUAUCCUGCUAUUUUUCCUAUGGUAGUCACUUCUCAAUUUGGCAAUAUUCACGAGGCUAAUUGGGUUCUUUGCAACACUUUUUACGAGUUGGAGAAAGAGGUAGUGGAUUGGCUUGCUAAGCUGUUUUCAUUGAGCACAGUUGGACCAACUAUACCAUCAAUGUACUUGGAUAAGCAACUUGAAAAUGAUAAAGACUAUGGUUUUAGCAUCUUUAAUCCAAAUAGUGAAGUGUGCAUGAAAUGGGUAAAUGAUCGACCAAAAGGAUCGGUUGUUUAUGUGUCUUUCGGUAGCUUGGCGGCGCUAGGAGCUGAGCAAAUGGAAGAACUGGCUUGGGGUCUUAAAGCAAGUGACAAACACUUCUUGUGGGUGGUGAGGGAGUUCGAAGAGGCUAAACUUCCUAAAAAUUUUGUGGAGGAGACAGCCGAGAAGGGGCUGGUGCUGAGUUGGUGUCCUCAAUUAGAUGUUUUGGCACAUGAAGCAAUUGGGUGUUUUGUUACACAUUGUGGAUGGAAUUCUACAUUGGAGGCUCUGAGUUUGGGAGUUCCAAUGGUGGCAAUGCCUUGUUGGACUGACCAAAGCACUAAUGCUAAGUAUAUUAUGGAUGUGUGGAAAAUGGGGCUUAAAGCUCCGGCUGAUGAGAAAGGAAUUGUGAAACAAAAAGCAAUACAAGAUUCCAUAUUGGAAAUAUUGGAGGGUGAGAAAGGGAAAGAAAUAAAAAAGAAUGCAGCUAAGUGGAAGAAAUUGGCCAGAAAAGCCAUGGGUGAAGGUGGUAGUUCCGAUAAAAAUAUUGAUGAGUUUGUUGCUACCUUGGUUAACUCCAAAAGUUGUGCUUCUAAAUAAUAUUUCUUCUUGUAUCAUCUGUUGGUGUGUAAAUCUAGAUCAAGCUCAAGUUUCAACAGGGCGAGAUCUCUCCUAUAUAUGAUAAAAACUUAUUUAAAGUUGAAUAUCCUUAUUAGUACAUUAAUGAAAGCUUGUUUGUACGUAGGUUAGCCACUAAGCUACCCUUCUCUAUUAAA